AUGGGGCUUAUGGCAUAUUAUCUAGGCAUCGAAGUAAAGAAAAACAAAGGAAUUUUUAUCACCCAAGAAGGUUAUGCCAAAGAAGUCCUUAAGAAGUUCAAGAUGGAUGAUGUCAAUCUAGUUGGCACCCCGAUGGAAUGUGGCAGCAAGUUGAGAGUCGUAAUUCGCUAUAUGGAAGCUCCAACAACAACUCGCUUCAAGGUGACAAAGAGAAUCAUUCGAUACAUCAAAGAUAUAACAAACUUUGGCUUGCAUUAUUACUCUUCUAACAAUUAUGAGAUUGUUGGCUAUAGAAAUAACUAUUGGAGUUUAGACUUGGAUGAUAGAAAGAGCACUACUGGUUUUGUAUUCUUUAUGGGAGAUACUGCUUUCACUUAG